UUCAUUGCAUACUGGGGUUUACAUCCUCUACUCCAAAUGAUCCUUCUUCUUCCGCAGCGCGGCGGCAACUCCUUCUUCCUUCCUUUCUUCUCCAUUACACCGAUUCACUUCUGCUAGACCAAUGACCAAUGUGAAUACUAAGAAUCAUGAGCUAUGUCUUCCGGAUUUUUCGCAAGGGAAGCUUCAUAUGCUCCACACCUUCAAAAAGGGCUCAUCACCUUCCGCCGCCGCCUUUCCACACAAACUCACAAGCAGAAACAUCAGCAGCAGAAGAAGCUUCAUCUUCUUGCCUCUAUUAUAGAUUGUUCUCUGUAUUCCUCAACUAAAGUUAAUGUCCAAACAUAUUCUUCUAUGUCAUUUCUUUCCCAUGCCGCCGCGGCCACCGCAUCAGCAACAUCAGCAGCUUCAACUCGGGCCUUCCUUCGAUUCAAGUUAGUAGUGUCUCCUAUAAGAGUUUUUCAAAGAAAUAAAUCAAGUUCCAGUCACAUGACUCAUUUCGAUUUGAAUAAUUCACAACUAUGCGAAGCUUUUGAUAUAGAAUCGAUACGUAUACUAGUUCGUGAAGAACGAUGGUGUGAUAGUAGGAUAAUUAGUUUGUUCGAUUCAUCCCUAGCUUCGAUUUGGAUUGCACAGAUUCUCGUUGAACUUAAGGAAGAACCUACAUUAGCUUUCAAAUUCUUCAAACGUGCUAAAAUGCGACCUGGCUUUUCCCAUACUUCAGAAACUUACUGUAUACUUGUCCACAUUUUGUUUUGCUCUGGAAUGUAUAUCGAUGCUCAUAACAUUCUUACAGAACUGGUUACUUUGAAUAGAUUGUUGCCCCUUGAUAUUACUUUUGAUGUCUUGUGGUCUACAAGGAAUGUAUGUGUACCUGGAUAUGGUGUAUUUGAUGCUCUUUUCAGUGUGUUGGUUGAUAAAGGAAUGCUUGACGAGGCUUGCAUGCUUUUCACGAGAAUGAAAGCUUUUCGAAUUUUCCCAAAAGUGCGGUCCUGUAAUUAUCUAUUGCAGAGGCUCUCAAGUAUGGAAAAGGGGGAAAUCUUGAGAAAGUUCUUCAGGGAUAUGCUUGCUGCGGGUGUUGCUCCGUCUGUUUUCACAUAUAAUAUAAUGAUAGAUAACUGCUGUAAAGAAGGAGACCUGAAAUCGGCUACUACCUUAUUCGCACAGAUGAAAACUAAAGGUAUUAUGCCAGACAUUGUUACUUUCAACUCUCUUAUCGAUGGCCAUGGAAAGCUUGGAGAUUUAGAUCUUUCCCUUUGUUUGUUAAAAGAAAUGAAGGCAGUUGGCAUUUCCCCUGAUGUUAUAACAUACAACACCCUCAUAAAUUGCUUCUGUAAAUACGAAAAAAUGCCACGAGCAUUCAGAUUUCUGCAUGAAAUGAUGGAGAGCGGUUUGAGACCUAAUGUUGUGACUUACAGCACAUUCAUAGAUGCGUUUUGCAAGGAAGGUCUGAUUCGAGCCGCUCUGAAGUUUUUCGUUGACAUGAGACGAAUCGGCCUUAUACCUAAUGUAAUCACUUAUACGUCGUUGAUUGAUGCGCAUUGCAAAUUGGGUAAUCUAACCGAAGCUACAUAUUUAGUCAAGGAUAUGUUGCAGGAAGGAAUCACGUUAAACAUUAUCACAUAUACUGCAUUAGUUGAUGGUCUAUGUGAAGAAGGGAAGCUAAAGGAAGCAGAAGAAGUCUUUAAAGGUAUGCAAAAGGCUGAAAUAUCUCCCAACAAUGAAAUAUAUACUUCCUUAAUCCACGGUUAUAUCAAGACGAAAAAGAUCGGAAGUGCAAUGGAUAUCUUUGAUAAACUGAGAAACAAAGAAGAAGCAGGGAUUCAACCCGAUUUGGUUAUGUAUACAACUGUCAUUUGGGGUCUUUGUAACAAUGGAAGAAUUGCAGAUGCUAUUACUUUGUUUCGCGAAAUGCAAGGAUUCGGGAUAGUGGCAAAUCCUGUUGUGUACACAGUACUUGUUAAUGCAUAUUUAAAAGCCCGGAAAACUGAACAGGCGGCAGAUCUAUUACAGAAAAUGAAUGAUUCUGGCAUUGUCUCUACAACCGUGACUUAUUGUGUGUUAAUAGAUGGUUUAUGCAAGUUGGGUCUUGUACAUGAGGCUAUUGUUCAUUUUCAAAGAAUGAAAGACUUUGGUGUGAAGCCAAAUGUUGUUGUCUAUACAGCCAUGAUAGAUGGUCUUUGUAAGAACGAUCUUAUAGAGGAUGCACAAGUGUUGUUCGACGAGAUGGAGAAUAAAGGCUUAAUUCCAGAUAAAACUGCAUACACGUCGCUGAUUAAUGGAAACUUUAAGAAUGGGAAGAUCGAGGAAGCUUUGAGACUGCAAAAGUGUAUGAUUGACGCCAGUAUUGAGUUUGAUCUUAUAACUUACACUUCUUUAAUUAGGGGAUUGUCUAGAUCAGGUUAUGUGGAAAAAGCAAGAUGUUUGUUUGAUGAGAUGAUUAGUAAAGGUGUGGAACCUGAUGAGGUGGUUUAUAAUAUUCUUAUAAAGAAGUAUUAUCAACUAGGGGAUGUUGAUAAGGCUCUGGAGUUGCAAAAUGAAAUGACAGAGAGGGGUCUUACAAAGGGAGAUUAUGUUCUUCCUCCUAGUUCUCAAACUUGAAAGAGGACAAAUUGUUAAUCUUGUAAUUGGACAAUGAUAUCCUUUUGAGAAGAAGACUCAGAAGAAAGAAGGGCCAUCCAAAAUAUGAUCAAGUGGCGACACUCGUGUCUAGUCCUAUUCCAUCAUAGAUCACUUUGACCAGGAGAAACGGUUGUAAACAAGUGGAUGGUGGUUUGGUAAAAUCAAAAAGGUUCCCUUAUGCCAUUGGAGGAGUUGAAUCUAACUGGCCAAAGCAUCUGUAUUCUUCAAAGAUUCUUCUUGAUCAUAGGAUUGAGUCCACUCAAGAGAGGUUGAAAUGUGGGGGGGCAUAAUUGGAAUUUGAUCACGGAUUUCAAUCCAAUUAACUGAAUUGGAAAAUAUUUUGAUGGAUUCAUCAUGGGUGGCCCUCCUGCACUAUAUCUCUGUUGAUGAGGUAAUGUUUAACAAAUGAAAAUGCAUUUCUCAUUUUUAUAGUAUAUGUGAUUAGAUAAGUUUCCUUAUGUUUUCCCUUUGACAUCCCUUAACUGUCAAAGAUUAAAGGCUCUUGGUCAGUCCAUCAUUGAAAAUGUUUCAGGUGUGAAACUCGAAUCCAUUAACCGAAUCCAUGACUUUGUGGACCUCCGCCACUGUAAUAUGAAAUGAGAACAUGUUAAUAAAAUUUUGACUGUGUCAUAUUAACUUCAUUUCUUAAAUGUAAUCUUAUUUAGGUUCACUUUGAGAUGGACAAGAAAAAGGUGUUGAAUUUUGUGACAAUUUAGUGGAGUAACCAUUAUAGUUCAUAGUUGUUCAAUGCUCAUUAGUGGAUGAACCCAUUAUGGCAUUAGUGGAGGAGCUUUUGUAGUACAUUAAUUCUUGCUAAUGCAUUAUUGCAUACUUCAAAUUGAUAUAUUAAAAUACCU